AUGGGCACUGUGGUCCAGGACGACCCCAGGACCACACACGUUCCUGGAAACUUCGACACUGCCAGUUCUCUGCAAGCACUAGUCUCUCAGGAGACCUGCACCCCACCCCACCCUACCCUCACCCUGCACUGCCUUGUGUCACCACAGGGUCUGAGGGCGGAGCCGCCAGAGUUUCCCUUCGCGUGUAGAAGUGUGGUCCCAACUCUCAGGACCGAAGCUGCCCACCAGUCGCCCGGGCUUCCCCUGCCCGGCAGGGUCGUGGCCUCAGGCCCUUCCACCCCGCGGGCGCGCCGCCUCUCCCCGGUCCCCACCGCCCGGCCCUGGACCCCGCACUCACCACCCGGCCGGGCCCCGCGGGACGAGCGCAACGAGGCGGGCGCCGGCCGCUCUGGGCUCGGGAUCUGCGCGCGGCGGCCUCGCUCCCCCCGCCAGCCCCCCGGAGGUGGGUCUGGCGGAGCCGCAGCUGUUACCCGGAGACCAAGGGGCGGAAAACUGCGCCCGCUGCCCGCCCCUCCCGCCGCGGCGCUGCCACCGCCGGGAACAAAGGAGACAAAGCCGCGUCGGCCGGGCCGGCUCCGCUCCUUCCCUCCUCGCCCGCCGGGCCGCCCUCCCCCCACCCGCCGCCCAGGCCAGGCCGGAAGCAGCCGGGAGAGCCGGGCGCGCGGCCCCGAGCCGCCCGGGACCCCGCAUUCCAGCCUGGCGGGCUCCGCACUUGCCGAGGGCGGACCCCUCCCUUGUUGGGGGCAGGCUGCACCGCGGUGGUAG